UAAUGUUUAUAAUUUUGAGGUGAAAUGUCUAAAUGACGAUGACAAUUAGCGACAGCAUCUCCCCCUGGAUUUGUCUAUUGUUAAACGUCAAUAAAAAAAAUAAAUAAAAUAGACAAACUAAUUUUUCUCUCAGCUAUUUCCUGCAAUUUUCCAGUAGGUCAAGCCUUUAAUAAUUAUUUUAAACAAGUGAUAAUAAUGCUCGAUAAUUAAAUUUAUAAAAAGCUUCAAUAGUUCAAUAACUUUGAAUUUCUUAAAUAAAUAAAUACACAAUUAUAAUCAAAAUAAAGUUACUCCAUUUUAUUUGACACCUGACAAGUAAACACAAAAAAAAUCAAGCCAAAAUGUCCAUAAAAAAGGAUCUUCGAUUAUUAAUAAAACCAUAUUAUUUAAUAAAUAUUUUUUUAAGUGUUUCAUAUAUUAUUGGUAAAAAAAUAUCAUGGGUUUGUUUAAAUAUAUUUGCAAAAAGAGACUGUGAGCUUGAUGGGAAAGAAACUGAAAUAUUAUUUUUCUUGAUGAUUGUCAUAAUGAUUAGAACAAGAAAAGCUGGAAGUAUAACAAUGAUAAAUUAUUUAUCAGCAAGUUUUCUUUAUACUAAAUUAACAAAUAUUAUCCUGUGGUUUUAUGCUGAUAUUAGAUUGGGAAUAUUAUUUGGAAUUCUUGUUAUACUCUGUGGAUUAUUGUUGCCUGAGCCAACUUAUCAAGGACCAGAAAAUAUAACUUAUAUACAUGGUGAAAGAGGUUUGAAGGAUGAACUUCAACGUGAUACUAAAGUUACCUGGCUCAUUGCAUUUUAUACUGCAUGGAGUCCACCAUGUGUUACUCUUGCUCCAGUAUUUUCACAAAUUUCAGCAGAAUAUGCAUUGGAUAAUUUUAAAUUUGGUAAAAUUGAUGUUGGAAGACAUCCAGAUGCAGCAGCUAAAUAUCAAAUAAAUGAUGCCAGUACCAGCAGACAAUUACCAACUUUGAUUCUCUUUCAAAAUGGAAAAGAAGUUGAACGUCGUCCAUAUGGUGAUAGCAAAGGAAAGCUAGUCAAAUUUUUAUUUUCAUUAGAUAAUAUUAAAGCAGCAUUUGAUUUAAAUACUGUUUACAAAACAUGUAAAGAAAAUCCAUUAACAAAGAAAGAUAAAAAAGCAAAAAAAACUGAAUAAAUUAGAAGAAACAAAUUUAUUUAUUUUAAACAGCUUUUCAUUUACUGGACAGCUAAUUAACUUAUUUUUGCUUUAAAAAUUUUUCAACUUAUUUUAUUAUGCAAUGUAUUUUUUUUAUAUAAUACAUCUUUUCAUUCAUCUCAUUUGUAAAAGUAAAAUUUAAAUAUCAAUGAUUCAUUAUUUCAAGUGGCUAUUAAAUAAAUAAAUUUAUGACAAAAUAAAUUUCUAAUUUCAGAUGAAAAAAAAUAUAUUUAUUAGUCAUUAUUAUCGAGUUAUGUUGGUCACAUAAUAGGUGAAAUAAUUAAUUACAUUGAUGGCUGGAUUUACCAGAUUCUUUGUGUGCAAAAAAACAAUAAUAAUAACCAUUCAACAAAAUUAUAAAUAAAAUAAAUAUUAAGUAAAUUAAUAAAAAUGUCAAAAACCUAUAAAUUAAUUGUAAUUAAAUGUAAUAAAAUAAUUGAAAAAUUUAAA